UUCUAUCGUGUGUUUGUGCACUAGCACGUAGUCGACUUCACGGAUGCUGUUUCUAUCACUUUUGCCUAUAGUGACAGCUGAAAUCAUUCCUAGACAUGUAAUUUUUUCACCGCCAGGAUAUUCCAGUCUCAAACUAAGCCCGGACGGCAAGUAUCUAGCGUUCAUUCAACGAGACAAGAACAAUGUUGGAAAUGUGUUCUUCCGAAAUUUACCUUCUGGCCCCACUCGUCAAGUGACUUUCGAACCUAAAAACUCUGUACUGGAUUAUGGGUUUACUGCUUUACCGGACGUUAUCUACUACUCACAGGACAACAACGGUGAUGAAAAUACCAUGCUAUAUGCAAAAAACGUCUCGCAGAAAGCCAUUAGGACGAAUCAGUCUGCCAGAUCAAUCAUCUCCGAUCGUGUUGGAGUUAAAGCUAAAAUUCUUGGUAACAAUUACGUGGAUCCACGCCUGCUCGUCGGCAUCAACGACGUGAACUCGACGAUGUACAAUGUUUACUCUUACGAUUUACUGGCAAAAAAGCUGACACUUGUGAUGAGGAACAAACGAUUUCCCGAGGUAUACCUGGACAAUGAUCUCAACGUUCGUAUAGCAUAUGAGGAGCAGAGGGAUGGUACAGCAAUUUACUAUAGAGUAAAGCGUUUGGCAAAACCAGGACAAGUCCUCUCGUCAGAUAAUAGUCGUUGGGAGAAACUACUCCAUCUUUCUGCUGAAGAUUCGCUAAGCAAUGCAUUUAUGGGCUUUGAUAAAGCAAACAAUAAUGUCUACUGGCUCUGGUCAGACAGCACUAAUGAUCUGGAAAAAGUAGUGAAGUUUCCCAUAAAAAAUGCAAAGAAGCGGACUACUCUUUUCCAACCGUCUAAAGGCGGUAUUGGUUCAGUGUUAUGGAACUACACAGAUAAAAGUGUCAUGGCUAUAACCGAGCUGUACCAUAAAAACGAAUGGUAUUCGCUCAAUGGUUCUAUACAGGACGACAUUCAAAAAAUGGUAGACCAUAGGUCGACUGCCACACUGUAUAUCUUAUCACAUUCCACAGAUCAGAACUUGUUUUUGCUUAUGUAUGAUUUCGCAGAGAAACCAGCUGAAUUUUUUCUGUAUCGGCGAUCGCGUAAAGCGAUUGUACCACUGUUCGAUACCCAACCUCAGCUGAAGCCCUAUCGUUUCAAUAGUAUGGUCGGAUUCACAUUUCGUGCCCGUGAUGGUCUCCUUAUCCAGGCCUAUUUGAGCUUCCCACCGGAUACCCCAUUGCGUUCGCCUAGAGAUGUACCAGCAAGAAGCCGGGAAUAUGCAGAAAUUGGUAUAGUUCCACUAACGCCUCAGAAAAUGAUAAUAAACGUGCAUGGGGGUCCCAAUUUGAGAGAUUCGUACGGAUUUGAUACCGUGAAUGCUUGGCUGACGAACAGAGGCUAUAUUGUGCUUCAGGUGAACUUCCGCGGCAGUAACGGAUUUGGAAGAAAAUUUAUUAAUGCUGGCAAUGGUGAAUGGGGUCGAAAAAUGCAUUCCGAUAUCCUUGAUGCUUUGGAAUUUGCUGUCGACCAUGGCAUAGCAAAUAAAUCCCAGAUUGCAAUACUAGCUCCAGUUACGGUGGUUACGAAGUUUUGA